GUAGUAUUUUGGAUAUAUCAGACAGCGACGGACGUGCGAUGUCGCAAGCAGCAGAGGAUUUGGCUGAUGAAGUUUCGGCCGGCGCUUACGUGUGUUUGGCUGGUCAUGAAGGCGGAGAUAUGACGGAAGGCAGCGGAAGCUCUGCUGGGGCUUUCGUAAGUUCUGCCGGUUACGACAUUGGCGCAGCCGGUAGCGCUACUGGCUCGUCUAAAGCGAAAAUUACAAAGAAAAGGUUGAUGAAGGAAUUGAAGGAGGCAGUGGAGAAAAAUAAUGCCCUUCGAGAGCAAGUGACGAGACUUUCGAUGGACCAGAACAUGGGUAGUGCCCUACAUCAUGCUUGGUCCAGAGGCCAAGAAACGUGUGAAUCCAGGACCGAGUCCUUGUUACUUUCCACCAUGAGCAGCUGAACGUUGGGCACACUUAACGUUCCAGAGUGUGUACCAGCUCAAGGGGAAUCGGAAGUGAAUAAACGAUCCUACGAGUACUGGAAAGAGACCCUCAUGGCUUCGUUACAACUCGUGAAUUCGGCUAAUGAACAUGCAAAGUAUGGAGUGUUUAAAAUCAAGGCCGGCGUAAAACUGCGUGAAAUAUUCAACACAACAGUCAGUGUCCUCACUGACGAUGCCUGACGAGCAUACACAUCCGUUUUCGAACGCGCUAGCUCGACUCAACGAUUAUUUCGGGUCCAGAACGUACUUAUUAUCCCAGCGAGGCAAGCUAAUGAACUUGUGCCAGUCACCAACGGGAAAGAGUGUUGAUUUCGUUCGACGAGUUGCGUCUACAGCAAAGUUAUGCACUUAUGCAGCUACGGUGAAGAUGAAGAGAUGGAGGCCGUUGUCCGUGUUAUUACUACCGGCGCAAACGAUAGCAGGGUGCGGGUACUUGCUCGCACGAACUGGAUCACGCAAGGGUCGAUGAAAGAUUUGAUCGACUUGAUUCUUGACCAUGAAAUUGAAAGGGCGAACGCAGAAGAGUUUCAGAAGACGCGCCAGCGAAUUGAAUCAGGAACCAUAGCUGCAGUCUCCAGAGGUCCCC